CUUGAGGAGACGGUUGUGUUGGAUGAAAAGAAACUCAAGAAGUUAAAGGGAAAUGCAGAAGCUCAAAAACGAGCUCAGGAGAAAAAGAAGGAAAAAUUGAAUAAAGAAAACAUCAUUGAGAUGUAUGAUGCGCCGG